AUGACAAAUGAAGUUGCCUUCUCCAAAAUAUAUAGUUCUCUAUAUGCCUCAAGUACCUCAGAUCUUGCAUGUUUGCUCAAGAUUUAUACAUCAGUUUCUGCAGUGGUUGAGUUUCAAGUUGCAGGAACAGUAAGAGUUGCUGCAGAAUUUCUUUGGGAUAAAAGCAGCUGCAAAAUGUGCCAACUGUACUGCAGACCAACUGUAAUAUUCCAAUCAUCUAGACCUGUAAUUGACUCUAAGGGAUGCAAGAUAGCAAACCCCUCCAAAAUUCAAGCAUUCACUCUUGUUCAUUCUCAAUGGCAAUCUGAUAGCCAAAAUGUUGGAGACACAGAGCAUGCCAGUGCCAAAAAGAACAGCUUGCAUCUUCCCAUGAGCCUAAUUACACAACAUAUCAAAGACUCAAGAAGCAUCAUUCAGUUUAAAUACAAGUACCCAAACUGA